AUGAGAUUAAUACAAUAAGGAUUCGAUUUUGGGAUUAAGACCCACGAAUAAAUUAUUUUAAAAUUUUCGCCACUAACAAGGAGGAUAGCGAUGAGGUGCAAAUAGAAGAUGGUAAUGUCAUAGGAUUAGUAACAAUAUAAUUUUCUGCCCGAUUGGUUUCAAAAAUUCGAAUAUAUUCACUGGGUAAUAAUUCACCGGAUCAUAUCUAAGAUGGGUACACUUCAAUCAUAAAAGUUUAAGCCUAUUCUUUAUGCCAUCAGAAAAAUGGAAAUAGAUGAUUUGAAUAAUAAAUUCAAAUAUAGACUCAUUAAUAAUUGA